UUUACGGCAAGCAUGUGUAUGUGAGGAGCUUGUUGUUAGCCGUAUAGCUAACUGCUGAAGUGUACGCUCUUAAAUAUUUCCGAAACUUGAAUAAAACAUUCUUACGUUUACGUUUUUAACCCGGAGACAUGGAUGUUGGAGAGCUCCUGAACUAUCAGCCUGAUAGAGGAGCAAAGCGUCCCAGGGAGGAGGAUGGAGUUGCAGCAGGAGGAGAUGAGGACUCCAGAGGAGGGAAGCAGCAAAAGGGGCUGAGUGCCAGAGAGUUGGCCAGAUACCGCGAAGCAGCAGCAGGAGUAGGAAUAGAAGGCGGGGGUGAAAUGAGGGAGCCUGAGGAACUGACUGGGGACAAGAAAAAAAUCUUGGAGAAACUGAUGGACCAGGAUGAGGAAGAACCAGAGGCAGAACCAGUGGAUGAGAGCUCAGUGAAGAAAAUGAUCCUGACCUUUGAGAAAAGGUCGUACAAAAAUCAGGAACUGAGGAUUAAGUUUCCGGACAACCCAGAGAAGUUCAUGGAGUCGGAGUUGGAUCUGAACGACAUUAUCCAGGAGAUGCAUGUCAUCGCCACAAUGCCAGACCUCUACCACCUGCUGGUGGAGCUUAACGCCGUCCACUCACUGCUGGGCCUCCUCAGUCAUGAAAACACUGAUGUUGCCAUAGCAGUGGUGGACCUGCUGCAGGAGCUGACAGAUAUUGACACACUCCAUGAGAGCGAGGAGGGUGCUGAGGUGCUCAUAGAUGCUCUGUUGGAGGGCCAGGUGGUGGCCUUGCUGGUGCAGAAUAUGGAGCGGCUGGAUGAGCAGGUGAAGGAGGAGGCUGAUGGCAUCUAUAACACACUGGCGAUCAUAGAAAAUAUGGCAGAGUUCAGACCAGGCCUGUGCACCGAGGCAGCUCAACAGGGACUCAUGCAGUGGCUGCUCAAGAGAAUCAAGGCAAAGAUGCCUUUUGAUGCUAACAAGCUGUACUGCAGUGAAAUCCUGGCUAUCUUGCUACAAAACAAUGACAAUACAAGAGAACUACUGGGAGAGAUGGAUGGCAUUGAUGUGUUACUGCAGCAACUAUCUGUGUUCAAACGCCACAACCCGUCCACAGCCGAGGAGCAGGAGAUGAUGGAGAACCUCUUUGAUGCUUUGUGUUCUUGCCUAAUGCUGCCGGCCAAUCGGGACCGCUUCCUCAGAGGGGAGGGGCUUCAGCUAAUGAAUCUCAUGCUCAGAGAAAAGAAAAUGUCUCGAACCAGUGCUCUGAAGGUCCUGGACCACGGGAUGAUUGGACCAGAGGGAGCAGAUAACUGCCAUAAGUUUGUGGACAUCCUGGGAUUGCGAACCAUCUUUCCACUUUUCAUGAAAACCCCCAAGAAGAUGAAAAAAACUGGUACUUCAGAGAAGGAGCAUGAAGAACACGUCUGCUCCAUCAUCGCCUCCAUGCUGAGAAAUCUCAAGUCCCAACAGAGAAGCAGACUCCUCAACAAGUUCACAGAGAAUGACUGUGAGAAGGUUGAUCGACUGAUGGAGAUGCAUUUUAAGUACCUGGAGGCUGUUCAACAGGCUGACAAGAGGAUUGAAGGAGAGAAACACGAGAUGGUUCGCCGGGGGGAGAUCCUAGAUGACAGCAUGGAGGAUGAGUUCUACCUUCGCCGCCUGGAUGCUGGACUAUUUGUCCUUCAGUUGAUCUGCUAUAUUAUGGUGGAGAUCAGCAACUCAGGGAUAUCACAGCUGCAGCAGAGGGUCCAUCAAAUUCUCAACCUGAGAGGAGGCUCUGUCAAAGUAGUGCGCCACAUCAUGAGAGAGUACGCUGAGAGCAUCGGGGAUGGGAAGAGUGACGAGUUCAAAGAAGCCGAGCGGAAGAGGAUCAUGGACCUUGUAGACAACUUCUAAUCUCACUUUCUCUCUCUCUCUCACACACACACACACACACAUACACACACACACACACACACAAUCACAUUACACACACACUGAACAUCAAACACAAACAAUAUGUUCCUACACAUUCAGACCCAUCUGACCUGAGCUGGGACUGAUGGUGACCUUGAGCCAAUAUACGAACCAAAAGGCAGUGGUGUGUUUUUCUGUAGCUAAAGUCACUAGCUAUGUUUACAUGCACAGCAACACUGUGAUUACUAGUCUGCUAAAAGCUGGACCAGACUUAUGUUCAAAGAAAUAUAAUUUUUCAAAUAACCUGAUAACUGCAGGAAUGAGUCCCCUAUUUUCACGUUUUGUUCUAUGACAUGAAUUUCAGUAAAUACCCAACUGUGAAUUUGAAGCUUUCUGUGGCAUAAAAAAGGCAGUUGCUAAUGAGUGGCUAAAUGAGAAGUCAUGUGACCAUUUAGCCUUCAAAAAUCACAAAAGUGGUGUUUAUUUUGCUGAACAAAAUGUGUAAGUAUCAUAAACUUUUGUUGGCCACAAGUUUAGUUUGUGCCAUAAUUUAAAAUCCAAUUUAAAAAUCCCAUAAGCUUUUUGACGAGGGAACCAGGGCGACGCUAACUGCAGCGCCUUCCUACACAGAAAGGUCAUCCUUGCACCACUUAAUUAAUUAAUCGAAUUCAUCUCGUAAACAGUCUUUAUGUGUCAGAGAAAUGGUCCACAUGAAAUUUUGCUGUGCAUGUAAAGCUGCUCACUGUACAUGUAGAAACAGUAGCAGAAUAUUGUAGCUUGAUGAAAACACAGCGAAAACGAGGUGUACCUGGAGCUAUGGACAGACUCUGCACAGAUCUGCAAACUUAAUAUCUAUCCCUCGGCUCUCCCACUUUACCUGGUUUGUUUGUUUGUUUUGGAUUUGCGUGUAAAAUAUUUUCUAAUAAAACAUUUGGUAA